UUUUACUCAAAUGGAGUCAAUCUCAGCUCCUAAAAAGCCAAUAAAACCUAAAAUUCCCAGGCAUAUGCACUCAUUCACUGUAGAUUACCAAGAGUUCAUAGUUGACAAGAGAUACGAGUUCCUGAAACUAAAAAGACUCGGGUUUUACUGCACAAUCACAGCAAAUGAUAAAAUCAGGAAUAGAAAUGUUGAUAUCGAAAAAAUUUGUGCCUAUGAACUCGAUAAAGCAGGACUUCUAUUGGUCCUGUAUAAGAUCAAAUUACACACUUUCUUUGAACAUGAGAAUAUUCUUAAAAUUUUGGAUAUCCCAAAGCCUAUUGAGAGGAAGGAUUUUAAAGACUUCUACAUUGUGAGUCAGUCAAUGGAAACAAACUUAGCUAGAGUCAUUGCAUCACGACAACAUUUAUCAGAAGAGCAUCUGCAGUACUUUAUAUUCCAGAUCGUGAGAGGACUGCAUUACAUCCAUUCUGCAGGGAUUAGUCAUGGAAAUCUUUCUCCUCAAAACAUUAGCUUAAACAGAAACUGAGAUUUGAAGAUUUCAGAACUUGGUCAUAUUGACCUGUCGGAUUUAGGAAUAAUUUCAACAGAAUGAAUUCCUAGCUACUGGCAUAAAUCAUUAGAGAAAAUACUAGGGAUAAAAACAGACUCUCGAUCAAAAGAUAUCUGGAGUCUUGGCUGAAUCUUAGGAGAGAUGGUCAAAAGAUCUGUCCUGUUUCAUUCCAUGGAUCAUCUGGAUCAUAUCUCUUUGAUCAUUAAGUAUCUAGGUUAUCCUUCAGACGAUUACCUCUCUAUGAUUGAAAAUAAGAAAACCCUGAAGUAUAUGAAAAAGCUUAAAAAGACUCGUAAGGGUGAUUUCAAAACGCUAGUUCCGAAUGCUAGCCCAUCAGCUAUUGAUUUCAUGCUGAAGUGUCUAAAAAUUACCCCAUCAGAGAGAGCAACUACAGGGGACCUCCUCAAGCAUCCUUUCCUUGAGGAAUUCAAGGAAGAGGAAAAUCCUGAAUGCACAGAUCAAUUUCCUUGGGAUUGGAGGGAUUUCAAAAAUAUGUCAAUCAAUAGACUUAAGAGAGAACUGUAUUCUGAAAGUCUGAAGUAUCAUCCAAAAUAG